UCUCUCUCUCUCUCUCUCACUCUCUUCGGUUUCUCUCCCUUCCGCUCGCCCUCUCCUAUUUUCUCUCUCUGUGCCUUUCUGUAUUUCUUUGAGGAAAGUCGUAGAUUAAUGCAUCUUCCAUGUUUCUUUAAACUCUCCAACUCUUUUUGGAAAAAAAGUGGCUAAACCUAACAUACUGUUGAAAGCAAGCCGAUUUGAAAUGGAUACAACAGGACAUCAAAUCUCAUAAUUGUUCAUUUGUCCUCUGUUUGGUUCCGAAGAAUAUGAGCAAUUUUACCAAUUUACAUCUUCGUUUCAUCUGCCCUGAGAUUGAGAUCGGUUGUCAAGAUUUCACUGCGACUUUACGCGGACGAACACAACCCAUCACUGGAAUCUCGCCGGAGCUCAGAUCUUCUCUCGGGAAAAACUCGCCGAAAUUCCACCGUUACAGAAAUGUACAACAAUGUAGGAAGCCAGGCUGGGGUGACAAUACCGCCAACAAAUUCUCAGCCUAAUCCAUUUGGAAAUGCAUUUUAUGGAGCUGGUUCAGGGCUUAUCCGAGGUGGAUUGGGUGCAUAUGGAGAAAAAAUCUUAGGAUCGAGCUCUGAAUAUGUGCAAAGCAAUAUAAGUUGGUACUUCUCAGAUCCCCAAUAUUAUUACCAAGUGAAUGACCACUAUGUGAGGAACAAAUUAAAGGUUGUUCUGUUUCCAUUCCUGCACAGGGGCCAUUGGACACGGAUAACUGAACCAGUAGGGGGCAGGCUCUCUUAUAAACCCCCAAUUUAUGACAUAAAUGCACCAGACCUCUACAUUCCGUUUAUGGCAUUUGGUACCUAUGUUGUUCUUGCUGGCUUCUCGUUGGGUCUUCAGGGAAAGUUUAGCCCAGAAGCUCUGAACUGGUUGUUUAUCAAGGGAUUGCUUGGGUGGUUUCUGCAAGUAGCACUUCUGAAAGUGACAUUGCUUUCGCUGGGUAGUGGGGAGGCACCCUUGCUGGACAUUGUGGCUUAUGCAGGAUAUACUUUCACAGGAAUGUGUUUGGCUGUCCUCGGGAAGAUAAUAUGGGGAUACUCGUACUAUGCUUUAAUGCCUUGGACCUGCUUAUGCAUGGGUAUCUUCUUAGUGAAGACGAUGAAGAGAGUCCUCUUUGCAGAAGUGAGGAGUUAUGAUUCAAGCAGGCACCAUUAUCUCUUGCUCUUUAUUGCUUUGGCUCAGUUCCCACUUUUCACAUGGCUUGGCAACAUUAGUGUUAAUUGGCUUAUAUAACUUGCUUUCUUUUAUGCUUUAGUUAGAAACAGUUUGUGUUCAUAGCAAUUUUCUCGAUCUUAUAUCAACUGGCUGCUCUUUGCUCCCAGAAUAUUCAACAAUUAUGAACUUUUCUCUUUUUGGCAUGUUUGCUGUUUGUGGUGUUAUCGGAAAUGUAAGAUGUAACAUUGGAGGAAGCAGUGAAUACAUGGAAGUAGGAAGACACACCUAAGCAGAAAUUCAUCGAUGAAUAGAAGAUGGGUACAUGGUUUUCAAAUUCGUUGUGA